GCCCCUAGGCUGGGCUCCGGCCCUCCGCCCCCCUCGCAAAACUGCGCUGGCCGCCCGCAGAGGGGAGGUUGCCGAGCGAGGGCAGGAGGACUACUUCCCAGCACCCCAGCCUCCUGCCAUGUCUGACCCCAUCACGCUGAAUGUCGGGGGGAAGCUCUAUACAACCUCACUGGCAACCUUGACCAGCUUCCCUGACUCCAUGCUGGGCGCCAUGUUCAGUGGGAAGAUGCCCACCAAGAGGGACAGCCAGGGCCACUGCUUCAUUGACCGUGACGGCAAAGUGUUCCGCUACAUCCUCAACUUCCUGCGAACCUCCCAUCUGGACUUGCCCGAGGACUUCCAGGAGAUGGGCCUGCUCCGCAGGGAGGCUGACUUCUACCAGGUGCAGCCCCUGAUUGAGGCCCUGCAGGAGAAGGAGGUGGAGCUGUCCAAGGCCGAGAAGAAUGCCAUGCUCAACAUCACACUGAACCAGCGUGUGCAGACGGUCCACUUCACUGUGCGUGAGGCACCCCAGAUCUACAGCCUGUCCUCUUCCAGCAUGGAGGUCUUCAAUGCCAACAUCUUCAGCACCUCUUGCCUCUUCCUCAAGCUCCUCGGCUCCAAGCUCUUCUACUGCUCCAAUGGCAACCUAUCCUCCAUCACCAGCCAUUUGCAAGACCCCAACCACCUGACUCUGGACUGGGUGGCCAAUGUGGAGGGCCUGCCUGAGGAGGAGUACACCAAGCAGAACCUCAAGAGGCUCUGGGUGGUGCCAGCCAACAAGCAGAUCAACAGCUUCCAGGUCUUCAUGGAGGAGGUGCUGAAAAUCGCGCUGAGUGACGGCUUCUGCAUCGAUUCUUCUCACCCGCACGCUGUGGAUUUUAUGAACAAUAAGAUUAUUCGAUUAAUACGGUACAGGUAAAAGGACCCCAGCAACAUUGGAGGGGGGCUUCCCAAAGCCAAGAUCUUGGAGAGUGUCUCGCCAGUGGUGUGAGGCAGGCCACUGUACUAACCUGUAUUAAUCGUGUAGCAGGACUUGAUUUCCCCUGUGAUGCUGUCCACCUGUAGGAAUCCAUGUGUCCUCUUGACAGAGCCACAUUUUUCCUUGCUUCUUUGAGCUGAAGAUGGGCAGUUUUCUCUAAGUGAAGAGUCUGCCAACGUGUCCUAAAGGAGGCCACAGGAGGACUUUUUGGCUAGACAAAGGAACAGCAGUUUUUUCUUGGGUCCAGCUCUCUCUGUACCAUUAGGCAGUGCCUCACUUAGCCAUCUGUAAACAGAGCCUCUGGUGGAGGGGAUGGGGUGAGAACAAGAGGCUCCCUCUAAUUUCCCAGGACAUGAAGUACCCAGAGAUUCCCAUCCUGCCUGCCCCUCCGUCCCUGGGAUGUGGCCAGAACCUUGGACUUGCUUGGCUGGCUUGGAAAUGAAGUGGGUAGUGAGGGUGGGAUUUGAGCCUGGCAUGGCCUGGAGGAAUUAGCCUCCAGGCAGGGUUCAGAAGAUGGGGAUAUCCCUCUUGACUGGGCCAAAUCUAGGCCUUUGGGGAUUUCCAGCUUCAGAAAUAAGCUGCUGUCCCGGCAAAGAUUUGAAAGUAUCUGGAGCCAGUGCAAUGAAAGGCGCUUCAUAAUGUGGCCUGAUACCUGACUUUUGUAAUCCUUUCCCUAAGAAGUUGAAGUGUCAUUGAAACAAAUCAUUUAAAACAAAUAUAUUAUGGACUCUCAGGGUUGGAAAAUGAUUCAAUAGUCGCUCAGUCCUCCCGCACCCCCACCACACCCCAGCACAUUUGCGGCUGAGGGCUUCUCCCCAGUACCUUCAGGAGAUCAACUAUCCCUGCUUGCAUACCCUCAGUGACAGGAAGUUCGUCAUCCCCAAGGCCAGCCCCUGCCAUAGUUGGCUGUUAGAAAGUCCUUCCUUAUAUUGAGCCAAAACCUGUCCUUCCACAACCAUUUUCUGGUCCUGGUAGACCUUCCUUCUCACCCAAAUGUGUAUUUUCUCUUUCAAAAUAGUCACUUUGAGAGGCCAGAUACCUAUUUUGAAAAUAAUAUUACUCGAUAUUAGGAUUCCCCUUGGGAUUUGUCUUCAGAACCAAGGUUAGCCCCUUUCAUUCCCUGUAAGUCAUCCCCAUUUUGUUGUGGCUUCGCUUCAUUUGUGACCUUCCCUCCUCACCAGACAUGACUGUGCAUAGCUUUUGACCAUCUUCUGUUGAGUUUGAAGAUUGCUACCCCAGAGGAAGGAGACCAGGGUCUUGGCAAUGUGUAACAAGGAGCCUGGGAGUGAUC